AUGACUUCAAAAACUCCCCAAUUCGCUCUAUACAAAGCAUUUGUAGAUGCCUUUAUGAAAGGUCAUCCUGGCAUGACUAAAUAUGCCUGUCAUUACAAUGCACAAUUAGAAUGGAACAAAAUGAAAAAUAACGAAGAUUUAAUUAAGAAGAGCAUUGAAAAAUAUCUUGAAGUUAUCGAAAACUCUAAUAAAAAUGAAACUAAAGUACAACCAACUAUUAACAAUGAAAUAACACAAGAGAAAACAACAAUAAAUGAACGAAAACGAAGAUUAUCAUCCGAUGAUGAAUAUGAACCAUAUGAACUAAAUGUGGAAUCUGAAAUUGUUGAACCUGUUGAACCAACAUUUACUUUGCGUGAUUCUUCUAAGCCAACUGAAUUUAAUGAUAUUAACAAACCAUGGGUUUUUCGUUCAUUUGAAAGAGCUAAAGCUCGAGUUGACGCACGUGUUGCUAAAAUACAAGCACGACGUCUUGCUAGUGAAAGUCGAAUAAAAACACCUGCACAAGAAGCUGUUAUUCAAGAAAUAAAAGAAAUAUCAGAACGUAUUGCAAGUUUAGUUCAAGUUAAAAAUAUGGGUUUAUCAACAUCAGAUUCGAAUAAUACAUUAAAAAAAUUACUUCAACAAAAAAGAGAACGUUCUGCUGAACUUAGUCGUUUACAAUCGAAACAACGUUCAUCAUUACGUUAUCGUGAAAGAAAAAAACGUUCUAUUGAAUCGAUAUGUGAUGCUGAUCCUGAAGUUGCUGCUGCACUUUUAAAACUUUAUAGACCAACAACACUUCGUGUACAAAUUGAUAAUGUUUGUCCUGAUUUAAUACAAACAAUUGAAGAAAUUGCUCGUAUUGGUGGAGCAGCUGAUGCAAAUCCUAGAUUAGUUAAUAUUCAACCAUGUGUAUCAUUAGAUGAAUUAAGAGGAAAAAUAAAAGAACGUGGUUUUGAAAUUCGACGAUCAUCUAAUUUUUAUCGUCUUAUACCUUCUGGUACUUUUACUGAAGAUGGAAAAAGACAUGUAAAUUCAAAAGCUGUUCGUCUUCGAAAACUUCAAGGCAUUGAACUACCAAAACAUGAAGAUUAUCAUUUUGUGAAUGCAUCUUUACAACAUAUCAAAGAUUUAGCUGGUACUUUUGGUAAUGAAUGUGUAUUCUAUGUUAUUGAAGAUAGAAAAGCUUCUGUUCGAAUUGGUCGACCAUCGGCAAGAGGACAUUCACCUUUUAUCCUACAUUUAGAUUAUCAAAUAAGUACAACUAAUUCCACACCAAUACCACCUAGUAUCACUCAUCAACUUAAACCAACAGUUUAUGCAUCAUGUGUUAUUGAUGAUGCUGGUCUUGUUAGUUUUGCAGGUCCAACAUAUAUAUCAAUUCGAUCAGCUAAGCAUGAUCGAUUUACAGUUGAUUAUGAAGAUAUUGAUUUGGAUUGUAUUGUUAAAUUAAAAGAAUUUGAAAGCACAGCUCGUAAUCAUAUUGGAAGUAUUAAACCAAUUAUUAUUAUGAAUAUAGAUAGUCUUGAACCUGCAGAUUAUACACGUUUUCCAAAGACACUUGUGUCAGCAAUUAAUAAAUUUAAAAGAUAUAAUUUGGAUGCUUUAUUUAUUAUAACUCAAGCACCAGGUCAAACAGUUAAUAAUGUUGUUGAACGACGUUUAGCAGCGUUAUCACAAGAUUUAACUGGCUUAGUUCUACCACAUGAUUAUUUUGGUACACAUUUAAAUGUUAGCGGUUUAACAGUUGAUGCUGAAAUAGAAAAAGAAAAUUUUAAAGCAACCGGUGAAGUUCUUGCUGAAAUUUGGAGUAUGGAUAUGAUUGAUCGUAAUCCAGUUGUUGCACAAUAUAUUGAUCCACCAGCAUCAUCUGAUGAUAUGAUCAGAUUAAUUGAUACAAAAUCUACAAUAGAUAUGAUUAUUGAUGAAAUUUGUGAUGAAGAAGAAGAAAUUCCUCUUCAUCUACGUGUUAAACAUAUGCAAUCGGUUCCAUAUUCAUCAAAUACAGAUACAAAACCAAAACCUAUUUAUAAUAUUGAUGAAUAUUGGUGUGCAACACAUGUUUUUCAAACUCAAUAUACAAUUCAAAUAAUUCGUUGUACUAAAACUGAAUGUUGUGGUCCAUGGCGUUCAAAUUAUAUUCAAGUAUUUCCUCAUCGUUUUCUUCCGCCACCUGUACCAUUUAAUCGUUCAUCAGGUGGUGUUCGAUUAGCUGAACUUGAAUCAUCAUAUGCUAAUAUAAAUUCUCUAUCGCCAUAUUAUGGAACAUUAUUUCAACGUAUACAAUUUCAUGGUAUUGUUAUAUAUGGAACAAAUAAUUCACUUCUACCAUUUGAUUCAUUUUGUCCAUCAAUACAAUCGAAACUUCAAUCCCGUAUAUGUUCGAUUUGUAAACAAUAUAUUCCAUCAGCAACUCGUUUACGUAAUCAUUAUAAAGUUCAUCAACAACGUUAUGCAUCAAAUUGUAUUGAUUAUAAAUUUAGUAAAGAUGAAGAAUUAAUUGAUGAACCUGAUCCAAUUGAUCCAAAUGAUGUGCAAUUAUAUCAAAUAAAUCCAUCUCAAAGUGGUGUUUUUCUUUUUUCGAAUAUGAUUGAAUGGUUAAAACCCGAGUUUGAAGAUGAUCCUGUUGUUGAACCAAAAUCAAAAACAACAGCUUCUAUGGCUAAUGCUAUGAUUCGAAAAGAACGACAAUUACAAGAAGCUGCUGCUGCUGCUAUUGGUGUUAGUUCUAUUACUAUUGGACAACCAAAACUUGUUGAAUCAGUUGCAACAAUAUCUGUUGACGAUGCAUUAACAUCUACAAAUGAAAAUACAUGUUUAUCUGAAAUUAAAAUUGAAAGUGAAACAAUAACUAUAGUUGAUGUUAAAACAGAUGACGAAAAUGUAAAUGUAAUAAAUACGAUGGAAAAAUUAACUGUAACUGAUGAUGAAACAAAUUUAUCUAGUAUUCAACGUCAAAAUUCACUUAAUCAAUAUGAUGAUCUUAGUGAUCUUAUUGAUAAAAUUUGA